UUGGGGUCUGAUACGUGUAGUCUGUUCACUUUUCAACAUGAACCCUAAAACCGUACUUUACACGCUGAAACCGAUUUUAUAAACAUUCUCUCUUGAACUUAUCGAUGUAGGAGAAACCAAAGAAGGUAAAACAGAGCCCUCAAACACUGAUCAACGAAACCAAACCAAACCAUUUUCAUAUUGGGGAUUUAUUUCUAAAUAUCCAAAUCACAUAACGAAUUUCACACAAUCCCAUUCCUCGAACUCCAAGCAACCCCCCGAAUUCAUAAUCUUUGUCAAAAGAUUCGUUCAAAUCCCACACACAUAGUCGCUCAAAUGUUCUUUUCCCCAAAUCUCUCUUCUUUUAGUUUUAGGUCUCAUUUCAAUUUCCCCAGUUGAUAAGUCCCCUUCUUCUCCAUCUUUCCCACUCGAUUUCAAAGUGGCCAUCAGAGCUUCCAUGACCCUUUUUCACGAUGUCAUGGAUUUAAUCUGUUGAUGAAUUCUCUGUUUCUUCCCCUGUUUUUGUUUUCAGUGGUUAUGGUGUCUUUUAAUAAUUUCUCUCUCUGGGUUUCUCUCUCUUCUCUGUUUCUUUCCCUUUUUAGUUUCCUCUUCAGGUUUUUUGAUGAGGGGAAAGUUGUGGAAAGUUCUGUUGGUGGUGGUGGUGGUGAUGAUGAUUCACGGCCGCUGGAGGAGGAGGCUGACGGCCGGGGAGCGACUGAGAAUUUAGAGGAAAAGGGAACGAAUGAAUUUGCCUUCAGUUUUAGGUUUCAAACGUAUGAGGAAUUUAGCAAAUCGAGUAAAAAAAAUUUUGGUUGUGAGAAACUGGAUUGGAGUGGUUGUUCUUCAUCAUUGAGUAACAGAUAUGAGUUUUUGCCGGAGAAGAGUACGAGCCACUUUGUGGAAGAAACUGAAAUUCCGAGCUAUACGGUGGAAGUUCUGAAUUCUUGUUCGAAUCACGAAAUUUCGGGAAAUGGGGAUUUUUCUGUUCGAGAAUUUUCUGAGUUAGUCUUGGAAUUCGAAGCAGUUGAUCAGGAAAUUACAGAGUCCUCUGCUGAUGGAACAGAGGAAUUUUCCGAGAAAAUUUUGAAAUUUGAAGUUAUUGAGGAAGGAAAAACCUUUCCUGUGGAAGUUUCGAAAUCACAACCUAUUGAAGAAGAAGAAGAAGAAAUUACAGAGAGCUUUACAAAUGGGAAAGAAGAAUCUUCCGGGAAAAUUCAGAGAGAAGAAGAGGAAGACAAUGACUUUCUAAGGGAAACAGAUUUCAACGGUUCGGAUUCAGACGGCGACAUCGAUAUCGGAGGCCGGUUUCUCUCCGAUACUGAUUUCGAUCUCGAUUUCAAAAUCGGCGGGUACGAACCAGACGAGGAGAUAAACGAAGAAUUGGAGAAGUCGCCGGAGGGUAAUGGAGAUGAAGAGGAUUCAGAAGGAUUGGAAACAGAGUGGGAACAUCAAGAACUGAUUGAACAAUUGAAAAUGGAAUUGAAGAAAGUGAGAGCAACAGGGCUAGCCACCAUUUUUGAAGAAUCAGAGUCACCAAAGAUAAUGGAUGAAUUGAAACCAUGGAAGAUUGAUGAGAGGUUUCAACAUGGAGAUUUAAUGGAAGAGCUUCAUAAAUUCUAUAGAACUUACAGAGAGCGCAUGAGGAAAUUGGAUAUCUUGAAUUACCAGAAGAUGUAUGCAAUGGGUGUUUUGCAAUCAAAGGACCCACUAAAAUCAUUUUCAAGCACUAGCAAAUCUUCAUCCCCAUCAAUCCUCUCUCUUCUUUCACACAACCUAAGGCUAUACAGACAAAAGAAAUGUCAAGUGGACCCAAUGAAGGACUUCAUAAGAGAAGUUCAUUGUGAUUUGGAGAUGGUAUAUGUGGGGCAAAUGUGUCUUUCUUGGGAAUUCAUUCAAUGGCAAUAUCAAAAGGCUUUAGAUUUGUGGGAAUCUGAACCUCAUGGGCUUCACCAUUACAAUGAAGUUGCUGGUGAAUUCCAACAAUUCCAAGUCCUCUUGCAAAGAUUCUUGGAGAAUGAAGCUUUCGAAGGCCCGAGAGUCGAGAAUUACGUCAAGCAUCGAUGUGUCGUUCGUAAUCUUCUUCAAGUUCCUGUGAUAAGAGAGGAUAAAAAGGGGGAUAGAAGGAAAGCAAGAAGAGGGAAAUUAGAGGAUGGAUAUGAAGCAAUAACAAGUGAUAUGGUUGUAGAGAUGUUGCAAGAAUCAAUAAGAGUAAUUUGGCAAUUCAUUAGAGCAGAUAAAGAUUGUCAUCACCACUCAAAUGGAAGCUUAAAACGCCCAAAAAAGUUGCAAGUAGAACUCCAAGAUCCAGCUGAUGAACAACUUCUUACUCACAUCCAAACAGAUCUCCAAAAGAAAGAAAAGAAGCUAAAGGAAAUCAUGAGAAGUGGGCAUUGCAUAUUGAAAAAAUUGCAAAAGAAUGAAGAAAAUGAAGAGACAGGAGGUGCAUUGUGUUUCUUUAGUGAAGUGGAUAUGAAAUUGGUGGGAAGAGUUCUUAAAAUGUCAAGAAUAACAACCGAUCAAUUAAUUUGGUGUAGGAACAAAUUGGGUAGGAUUAGUUUCUCUAACAGAAAAUUACAUGUAGAACCUUCUUUUUUUCUUUUUCCCUGUUGAUCAUGCUCACUAAAUUAGCAUUCCUAAUUUUUCCCUUGUAUAUUGAAUUUUUUGGCCGUCUUUAUUUCUUUUACUUUCUUUUUCCAACCAUUUUUUCGGAAAAAUUCAGAGGUAUGUAUAUGUUAAAUUGACACCAAAGAAAAUAAAUCUUGUAAUCAAGA